UGACACUCGCUCUCGGCCGCCGUGUGAAAGCUUAACGGGCACGCCCCACCCACCCCCGUACAGAAAUAAAAAGGACCCGCCGUCGCGUGUGCUUUAAUUUAACGAACUUAAACAAAAAGAAAUCCUAACAAAAUGAGCAAGUUCGCUUGGGUGACGCUUACGACAAAUGACACGUACUCCCUGGGUGCCCUGGUGCUGGCCCAUUCCCUGAAGCGGGCCGGGACCGCUCACCAGCUGGCCGUGCUGGUGACGCCCACCGUGUCGGAGGCGAUGCGCGACAGACUGAAGGACGUGUACAAUGUUGUACAAGAGGUUAAUGUGCUGGACUCACAGGAUGCGGCCAACCUGGCACUGCUCUCCCGCCCAGAGCUGGGCGUGACCUUCACAAAGCUGCACUGCUGGCGCCUGGUGCAGUUCGAGAAGUGUGUCUUCCUCGAUGCUGAUACCUUGGUCCUGCAAAAUGUCGAUGAGCUCUUUGAGCGCGAGGAACUCUCGGCUGCACCCGAUGUCAGCUGGCCAGAUUGCUUCAACUCCGGCGUGUUCGUGUUCAGACCCAGCCUGGAUACCUUCGGCAAGAUCACAGAGUUCGCCAUAAAGAACGGCAGCUUCGACGGCGGUGACCAGGGGCUGCUGAAUCAGUACUUCGCGGACUGGGCGACGGCGGACAUCAAGAAGCAUUUGCCAUUCGUCUACAAUGUGACGGCCUAUGCCUCCUACUGCUAUCUGCCUGCCUUCAAACAGUUCAGAGAUAAGAUUAAGAUUUUGCAUUUCGCCGGCAAGCUGAAGCCCUGGCUGAUCCAGUUCAACUCUGAGACAAAGACAGCGGCCGUGUCCUCAGACUAUGCCCACGCCCAAGACCUUAUCCAGCUCUGGUGGAACAUCUUCUGUGAUACUGUCAUCGAGUCCCUGUCCAGCGAAAUGGCUGGUCUGGCUGGAGCCCUGUCGCAGCUGCAGAUCGGAGUGCAGCGAACGCCCGAACAGGAGGCCUACGAGAGUCUGAUGCGUCGCCAGUGCUGGGAGUCGGGACAGAUCGACUACUCGGGCGCCGACUCGUUCGACAACAUCUGGAAGAAGAUCUCGCAGACGCUGGACAAGAAGCCGGAGAAGGAGGCCGAGCAAACCGAUAACGAUACUGACACUGAUAAUGAUUGCGAUAAUGCUAACACACUAAGCUUAAAUCAAUUGCUAACCGAAACCGCAAACAAACUGCUGCAGCAUCCAACUGUGCCGCAAAGGACGUCCGACAAGACUCAGGGGAAGCCCAGCUCGAGUAAGGGUCCGCAGCCGGUAUCGGGUCUGGUGCCUGUGCCGGAGCCUGAGCAAUCGCCCCGCCCCAGUCCCCGCACAAAGGCCGCAACUAACAAACUUGCAACUAACGCUGAGAGACCUGCUUCCGGCUCCGUCACCGUCUCCACACAGCAUCCCCAGCCACAGAUGCGACAGCAGGCACAAGGACAAUCCCUGGCCAAGCCCCAGCCGCAACCACAGGCAUCAGAGACGUCCAGCCAGCAGCACAUCACCUUGCAGCAGCAGCAGCAGCAGCAGCAGCAGCAGCAGCAGCAGCAGCAGCAGACGGGCAACGGUGGCAAGGCCAGCCGACAGCGGGCGGUGCGUAAGUUUAAAUAGCAAUUACUGAACCUGCUGAUGCACUACAGCUGCCUGCCGCACCUGGCGUGUCGGCCCAGGCGGCUGGAACUGCAUUUGGAACCCGAGCCCCAACCUGUGCACGUCUAAACCAGGAAACAGAAGAGCCAAGAGACCCCACCCGAACGUAAUACUCAUGCAACGAAUGGAAAGAAAUCGAAGAGGAAUCGAAUUGAAUGCUGUAUAAAUUGCUUACUAAUCGCCAGGCUGCCUUAAGUAGGAAACCAAUUGCAAUAUCGUAGACUUAGUGAUAGGAAAACAACUAAUAAUAGACCUAAGGCCUCAAGUGCUUCGAAUACGCAGAUGCAGCGAAAUUAACCCAAAAACAAGAUACGAUACGACACACACACACACACACACACUCGAUGUUAGGUAUGAAAUGAAUGGAAUGAAUCAAUGGU